CAUGGGGGGUGCACUAUAAAUGCAGCCUGCCAGAGGGCCUGUGGCCUCAGAACCUAGGACUAGCCUGGUCCCCAAGAGGCUGUGCAAGCCUCACCAAGAUGAAGCUACCAGGCCAGGAGGAGUUUGACAUCUCCAAUGCUUGUGAAAAUGUGCCUGUAGGAGAGGUAGACAGUGGCUCUGGCUCUGGUUCCAGCCCUGAUGGCCCCUCAAACACAGACAGCAGGGAACUAGGGGUACCCAAGGACCCUCUGCUCUUCAUUCAGCUGAAUGAACUGCUGGGCUGGCCCCAGGCACUGGAGUGGAGAGAGACAGGCAGGUGGGUGAUGUUUGAGGAGAAGCUGGAGGUGGGUGCAGGCCGGUGGAGUGCCCCCCACGUGCCCACCCUGGCACUGCCCAGCCUCCAUAAGCUCCGCAGUCUAUUGGCCGAGGGCCUUGUCCUGCUGGACUGUCCAGCUCAGAGCCUCCUAGAGCUCGUGGAGCAGGUGACCAGAGUGGAGCUGAGCCAGGAGCUGGGAGAGCAGCUGCAGGCCUUGUUGCUGCAGAGACCCCAGCACCUCAUCCAGACCACAAGAACCAGGCCUUGUUGGGGGUCUGCCCAUCCAAGAGAGGCUUCUCAUGAUGAGGAAGCCCCACUGAAGGAGCAGCAUCAGAACCCCCUGACACAGAAGCUGCCUCCAGGGGCUGAGGCAGCAGCUGUGCUGGUAGGAGAGCUGGGCUUCCUGGCACAGCCCCUGGGUGCCUUUGUGCGACUGCGGGAUCCAGUAGUGCUGGGGCCCCUUACUGAGGUGCCUCUCCCCAGCAGAUUUUUCUGCCUCCUCCUCGGUCCCCCCGCACUGGGAAGAGGCUACCAUGAGAUGGGACGGGCAGUGGCUGUCCUCCUCAGUGACCCGCAAUUCCAGUGGUCAGUUCGUCGGGCCAGCAACCUUCAUGACCUUCUGGCAGCCCUGGAUGCCUUCCUAGAGGAGGUGACAGUGCUCCCUCCAGGUCGGUGGGACCCGACAGCCCGGAUUCCCCCGCCUAAAUGUCUGCCCUCUCAGCACAAAAGGCUCUCCUCGCACCUGCGGGAGGUCGGAGGCUCCUUUGGUCGGCGUAGGGCCCCGGCUGAGGACAGGCACAGCCACCGGCUGCACGCACCCAGCCCGGAGUUGCAGCGGACGGGCAGGCUGUUUGGGGGCCUUGUCCAGGACGUGCGCCGGAAGGCCUCGUGGUACCCCAGCGACUUCUUGGACGCCCUGCACCCUCAGUGCUUCUCGGCCGUGCUGUACAUCUAUCUGGCCACCGUCACUAACGCCAUCACUUUCGGAGGUCUGCUGGGAGAAGCCACCAACGGUGCUCAGGGGGUGCUGGAAAGUUUCCUGGGCACGGCAGUGGCUGGAGCUGCCUUCUGCCUGAUGGCAGGCCAGCCCCUCACCAUCCUCAGCAGCACUGGGCCAGUGCUGGUCUUUGAACGCCUGCUCUUCUCUUUCAGCAGAGAUUACAGCUUGGACUACCUGCCCUUCCGCCUGUGGGUGGGCAUCUGGGUGGCCACCUUUUGCCUGGUGCUGGUGGCCACAGAGGCCAGCGUGCUGGUGCGCUACUUUACCCGCUUCACCGAGGAAGGUUUCUGUGCGCUCAUCAGCCUCAUCUUCAUCUACGAUGCCGUAGGCAAAAUGCUGAGCUUGACCCGUGCCUAUCCCAUCCAGAGGCCUGGCUCUCUCACCUAUGGCUGCCUCUGCCAGUUCCCAGACCCUGGAGGAAAUGAGUCUCAGUGGACAAGGACAAAACUGAAAGACAGAGAUGACAUCUUAAGCGUGGACCUAGGCCUGGUCAAUGCAUCCUUGCUGCCCCCACCCGAGUGUGCCCAGCGGGGAGGCCGCCCUCGUGGCCCUAGCUGUCAUACCGUCCCGGACAUCGCCUUCUUCUCCCUCCUCCUCUUCCUUACCUCCUUCCUCUUUGCCACGGCCCUCAAGUAUGUAAAGACCAGCCGCUUUUUCCCCUCUGUGGUGCGCAAGGUGCUUGGCGAUUUCUCCUCAGUCCUGGCCAUCCUGCUGGGCUGUGGCCUCGAUGCCUUCCUGGGCCUAGCUACGCCGAAGCUCAUGGUGCCCAGAGAGUUCAAGCCCACACUCCCUGGGCGUGGCUGGUUGGUGUCACCUUUUGGAGCCAACCCCUGGUGGCUGAGUGUGGCAGCUGCCCUGCCUGCCCUGCUGCUUUCAAUCCUCAUCUUCAUGGACCAGCAGAUCACAGCGGUCAUCCUCAACCGGGCCGAAUAUAGACUGCGGAAGGGAGCUGGCUUCCACCUGGACCUCUUCUGUGUGGCUGUGCUGAUGCUGCUCACAUCAGUGCUUGGGCUGCCCUGGUAUGUCUCAGCCACUGUCAUCUCCCUGGCCCACAUGGACAGUCUUCGGAGAGAGAGCAGAGCUUGUGCCCCAGGGGAGCCCCCCAGCUUCCUGGGCAUCAGGGAGCAGAGGCUGACAGGCCUGGUGGUGUUCAUCCUCACAGGAAUCUCCAUCUUCCUGGCACCUGUUCUCAAGUUCAUCCCGAUGCCCGUGCUCUAUGGCAUCUUCCUGUACAUGGGGGUCGCAGCAAUUAGCAGCAUACAGUUCAUGAAGAGGGUGCAGCUACUAUUGAUGCCAGCAAAAUACCAGCCAGACCUCCUUCUCUUGCGGCAUGUGCCUCUGAACAGGGUCCACCUCUUCACAGCCAUCCAGCUUGCCUGCCUGGGUCUGCUCUGGAUAAUCAAGUCUACCCCUGCAGCCAUCAUCUUCCCCCUCAUGUUGCUGGGCCUCGUGGGGGUGCGAAAGACACUGGAGUGGGUCUUCUCACCACAAGAACUCCUCUGGCUGGAUGAGCUGAUGCCCGAGAAGGAGAGGAACAUCCCUGAGAAGGGGCUGGAGCCAGAGUACUCAUUCAGCAGAAGCGACAGUGAAGAUUCGGAGCUGAUGUAUCAGCCGAAGGCUCCAGAAAUCAACAUCUCUGUGAAUUAGCUGGAGUAGGAGUCUGAGGGUGGAGACUCCAGGAAACACAGCAUGAGUUCACAGGUGUUUACUCAGGAAGUCAGGACAUUGUUGGCCUUUGGCUUAACUGUCAGAUGCUCAGUCGGCUGGGAACCUGGAACAAUGGGGCAAGACUGGAAGGCAGCUGGCCAAGACCUCAGUCACCCUCUUGAGCCGGGGGUGGAGAGUGGCAGGGAACAAGUAGGUCUGCUUUGUGGUUAGGAAAGGCUAGUAAGCCAGAGGGACUGACCAGGCCCCGUUCACUCUCUGCCCCAUUAAAGAGACCUGAGACCAGAAGCCCUUCUCAUUUUGAACUUUCUGUCCUCACAAAUUCUCUUUUACAGAAUUGGGGUGGGGGGGGUGGUGUCAUCAGGGAACUCUUUUUGGCUUGCAAAAGGGAGAAAAAGUCUCUCUUUCCAGAAUAAGUAUUCCUCCAUUUGAAACAGUUUUUUACACAUAAAAAUAAUCUUUAU